AUGAGUGACGCUCUGGAAAAGGAGCCUAGAGAACCUGCAACAGAAGACAGGACAACAAAGAAAGCAAGAUUCAGGGAAAGCGAACCUCAGGCAAAUGACCAAGUGCCUAUGUCGUUCAGAGAUAAGGUCAUGCAAUCAGAUAUAGAGAGGGAAAACUCUUUAGCUGGCAGAUUUGAGGAUUUUGAGGUAACAGAGAAUGAUGUUCUUGUUUAUGAUAAUGAAAGUAUGCCGUCCAUAUCAUUCUCUCCACGCAUUCAAGAGGAACUGUCAAAACAAUGGAAGGCCACCGUUAUCGUGAAGUUGCUCGGGAGACCUGUUGGGUAUAGAAAUCUUUGCAAUCGCCUUGAAUCCAUGUGGAAUUUCACACAAGGGUUCGAUGUUAUUGACCUAGAAAACGACUAUUUCAUUGUUAAGCUCAAAAGUGGAAGUGAUGUUGAGGCUGUGUUAACAGGUGGCCCAUGGAUUAUGCUCGGUCAUUACCUAUCCGUUCAGGCGUGGUACCCUCAGUUUGAUUGUUCUAAAGACUGUAUUCAAAAGAUUCAGGCAUGGAUCAGAUUGCCAGGCAUGCCUAUACAGUACUACAAUAAAAAAGUGCUCAGAUAUAUCGGAGAGAUGGUGGGGCGUGUUAUCAAGAUUGAUUAUUGUACGGAAGCCGCGGAACGAGGAAAGUUUGCUCGGAUUGCUGUGGAACUUGACCUUAGCAAACCCCUCGUUUCUCAAUUUUGCCUUGAUAAAAGAAUCCAGUUUGUCGAAUACGAAUGUCUUCCUCGGAUCUGUUUUUCUUGCGGAAGAUUUGGUCAUGUGAAGGAACACUGCCCUGAUAAUGUAUUAUGUCAAAAGCAGAACCAAGGUGUAGCGGAGGUUGGUGAGCCGGCGAGUUCGAAUUCAACGGCGGCUAAUGUCAAUCAAAAUGUUAACCCUAAUUUUGGCCCAUGGAUGUUGGUGGGUAAAAAGGGUAAGUCAAAAGUUAUGUAUGGUAAAAAAAUUGGUUUCCAAACUAGUAAUUCGGGUAAAGGAGAUAAUUCCCGAGGAUCUAGAUUUAAAGUUUUGGAAAGUGAUAAUAUGGAAGAUAUUGUUGACUUAACAGAGGAUCGAAUCUUGGAGGAAAAAAUGAUUGAUUCAAAUACAAACUCUCAGACUUGUUUCCUAAACAAAAAUGCUAGCAUGUCUCAUGCAACAAAAGACAAAAAUGCCCCUGCUGAGAACAACAAGCCAAGAAAUGAGAGAGAUCAAAUGAAAGGGCCCUUGACCCAAACCCGCCAACCUAAUACCCGUUUUGCUGUCAAUAAAGAGCAAACUACCUUAGACACCAUGAAACAUUCUGUUGUUACGGUUAAUUAUAUUCCUGUACGCCACUUACCUAAGUCCUCCUCGACUUCUUCUUCCAUGGAAAUUUCGGCUAAUGACGCGCAAGAGAUGACUGAGAUUGAACCUCAACCUCCGGACUUGGAAAAUCACAUUGGGGAUGAGCAGACUACUCUAAACGACAUUCAACAUGACAUGAUAGUAGCUUUUGACUAUGAUACUCAUAUGAAGGAUGAUAUUACCAAGCCUUCUAGUGCUAAAUGCCCAGGCGAUGGUGACACUGAUAUGGAUGGAGUUAUUCCUCCUCCUGUUUAA